ACACAUAAAUUGUCCCACAAGUAAAGAGUUGAAGACACCCACACACAAAAACAUGGCUGGUUUGGGUGUAUGGAUGAUGUCUCUCAUUAGUCUGUGUUCUCUGAAUGUAUCAGCUCUUCUCCAACGCCUACAGCACCCUGUCAUGGCUGAUGGCUCACUUAGUCUUGUGGUCAUUGGAGACUGGGGAAGGAAAGGAACGUACAACCAAUCAGAAGUUGCUGCUCAGAUGGGAAAAGUUGCAGAAAAGUUAAAUAUCGACUUUGUGAUAUCCACCGGAGACAAUUUCUACGACGAUGGUUUGACUGGUGUAGACGACCCAGCAUUUGAAUUUUCCUUCUCAAAAGUCUACACUGCCAAGAGCCUCCAAAAGCAGUGGUAUAAUGUGUUGGGAAACCACGACUACAGGGGAGACGUGGAAGCACAACUGAAUCCAAUCCUUCAGAAAAUUGAUCCCAGAUGGUUCUGCAAAAGAUCAUUCAUAGUUGACACUGAAAUUGCUGAGUUCUUCUUUGUCGAUACGACACCUUUUGUGGACAAGUAUUUUCUUAAGCCGAAGCACCACAAGUAUGAUUGGAGAGGAGUGCUUCCAAGGGAGAGAUAUUUAUCAAAGCUCUUAAAGGAUCUGGAAAUAGUAUUAAAGGGUUCUUCUGCCAACUGGAAGAUUGUUGUGGGGCAUCAUCCCAUAAGAAGCAUAGGACACCAUGGUGACACCCAAGAGCUCAUAAGGCAGCUUCUGCCAAUUCUUGAGGCAAAUGAUGUGGAUAUGUACAUUAAUGGGCAUGACCAUUGCUUGGAACACAUAAUUAGCACAAGCAGCCAAAUCCAAUUCUUAACCAGUGGUGGAGGUUCAAAGGCAUGGAAAGGAGACAUCGAUAAAAAUAGGAAAGACGGCACAAAGUUUUACUAUGAUGGACAAGGAUUUAUGUCUGUGGAGCUGGAACAAACAAAUGCAAAAGUUGUUUAUUAUGAUAUUUUUGGCAAAGUUCUGCAUGUUGUGAAUCUGUCGAAGGCAUUACGUUCUGUCUAUGCCAUAUAGAAGAGACACAUUCAGUGAUUGAAGAAAUUUUGGGGAAGAAGAGCGUAUAGGAAAUCCCAAAUUAAAGAUAAAAAGGAAAGAUAUCUAUCAUAUGUAAUAAAAUGACUAUGAGUGACCAAUGAAAGAUUACUGUCAUUAAUAAUGAAAAAAAUAUGCGAUGUAGAGUAUGUGACCUAAAUAGAUGAAGGUGACAGCGUAAUAAUGGUUGAAUAUUCAAAUAUGCUGAAUUGGCUUAUGUUAGUUGGUUAUCUUUUAUUGUACCAAGAAAUUGUAAGUGAUGUUUCUUUUGAUUUUGCAUAUAUGGCAUCAUUACUCCAACUGCAUAUAUAUGGGCUCAUUACAUCAACUGCAUGAGAGAUGUCAGAACGCAUCAACGCAAAACGAACACCGGAAUUGAAUUGAAUUGAAUCGAAUCAUUGAUUGAUAACCAUUUUCUCUUUCUCUAAGGUUUCGUUUCUUCUGCGCUUACUCUGUUAAUUUCGUCUCUGAAUCCAUCAAGCUUUCAGCUUCAUGGUGACCUCUCCGACGUCUAAAUGGACGUGGCAAUCACUGCUGUCCGCUCACCGGCGAUAGUCCUCGGAAGACCGAUCAGCGCCUCCGCCUCUGCACGCCUCAGUUCCACUUCUAGGUUUUCCAGAAAGGUAUCGUUUCAGUGAUUGAUUACGUGUUCUGUUUUUUAACUGUUAUUAUCGUGAGGUGAUCUGAUGGAUUGCCGUUUUAGUCAUCUUUUGCUGGUAAUAGUUGGAAUUAGGGAAUCGGAAAUGCUUUUCUAAUCUCAUUGACAUAGCACGAUACUUUGUAAGUGAAAUGAAGUGAGCAUAAAUGGAACCAAACACCGUGUCAAGAGAUUGCUAUCAUUGAUUAAUUAUCAUUCACCUGAUUUUUGUUGAUGUUUUCAAGCUUUGCUUCACUUCACUUUCUUUCCCCAAGCAAGGUCGUAGAAGAGGUUUUGUAGUUAGAGCAGCUUCGUCAUUUCCCGAGUCAUCUGAAUCGGAUGCCCAUGCCAAGAUUGCUCCUCUUCAGUUGGAAUCUCCAAUUGGGCAGUUUCUUUCUCAGAUUUUGGUAGAUCACCCGCAUCUUGUGCCUGCUGCCGUAGACCAGCAGCUUGAGCAGCUCCAAACUGACCGCAAUGCUGAUCAACAAAAGGAAGAGCCUUCUGCUUCUGGCACGGAUUUGAUUUUGUAUAUGUUUGUUUCAUUCUCAUGUCUUCUCCCUCUCUCUUAAGUUUCUCGUAAACAAACUUCCUUCCUUGCUCAUUUUGGCAUCCAUAACUUGUAUGAAUGAAGCAUAUUCCAUUAGAUGGCAGCAAAACAUUCUGAUGUUCUCUAUGGUUUGGGUUUAGUGUGAAGUAUAAUUUGUAU